UGUGUCGGGCGGAGCCGGUGUGACAAGAGAGAUCCCCUCCCCCAACCCCUCCCCGCCGCCCGGGAUAAUCAGAGUUUUUGGCCAGACCCUUCUGCCCACCGAGAGCGUGCGGAGUCAGGCGGAAAGAAGCACACACCAUGGCGCUGAAACGGAUUAAUAAGGAACUUAGUGAUUUGGCCCGUGACCCUCCAGCACAGUGUUCUGCAGGUCCUGUUGGGGAUGAUAGGUUUCAUUGGCAAGCCACAAUUAUGGGACCUAAUGACAGCCCAUAUCAAGGCGGUGUAUUCUUUUUGACAAUUCAUUUCCCUACAGACUACCCCUUCAAACCACCUAAGGUUGCAUUUACAACAAGAAUUUAUCAUCCAAACAUUAACAGUAAUGGCAGCAUUUGUCUCGAUAUUCUAAGAUCAGAGUGGUCUCCUGCUUUAACUAUUUCUAAAGUUCUUUUAUCCAUUUGUUCACUGCUAUGUGAUCCAAACCCAGAUGACCCCUUAGUGCCAGAGAUUGCACGGAUCUAUAAAACAGACAGAGACAAGUACAACAGAAUAUCUCGAGAAUGGACUCAGAAGUAUGCCAUGUGAUGCUACCUUAAAGUCAGAAUAACCUGCAUUAUAGCUGGAAUAAACUUUAAAUUACUGUU